AUGACAAAGAAGCAUGCAACGGUGCUAUAUAACUGGCUGAACUGGAGUGACGGACCAACAAGGGAUGCAUUUGCAGAGUUACCCCUCUCCGAACAGGAUGUAAUCAUCAUGGCACAGGAGAGAAUUGAAAAUUGGGAUAACCUUGCCCCCCUCGCGUUCGCUGAUGUCGGGCUCACAAAGGAAGAGAGUGCGGAAAUUUACCAGGAUUUGAUGGACACCUCGGAGCCAGAUGAUUAG